ACCACGAGGUCCACGCCAACGCGGAGUUGAUCAGAUGAUGUUCUUUCCAGUUUCCAAAAUCAGUUUCUCACUUUCUCUAAUAAUAGUAUUUCCUACUUGUUAGUUGUUUGUUAGUACUAUCAAUAUUACAUCUCACUAGUUUGAAGUUAGUUAAAAUGCAAACCCCAAAGAACACAUGGUUUCUGAUCGCUUACUUCAUCGCCUUCCUCCCUGUUUUUAUGUUCCUCUUCCUCCUUGGAUUUGCCAAAGGUGCUAUAAUAAGUCCCUUUGUGUUUCUUAUAAUUGCAUUUGGUGAUACUGGGGUUGUUAUUGGUCUAUGGCCUCUUCAUCUUGUAUGGAGUAUCUACUGCUUAAUCAAAACAAGGAAAUUCGGACCAUAUAUGAAAUGCUUGUUGAUAUUAUUGGUCCCAAUACCAAUAGCUAUAUGGACAGUGGUUGGAGUAACUGGAAGUGCAAUCAUGGGAAUUGGGUAUGGAUAUGUGUGGCCUGUUAUGGAAACAUUUAAGGCCGUCAGUAAAGAAGGGGAAUCUAUUGGUAUCAAGUUGAUUAGGGUCUUUACGGAUGGGACAUGGAACAAUCUAUGGGGUGCUUGCACUAUUGUUCGGGAUUUUGCUGAUUUUUCGUUCCAUUCUUACUUUUCCGUCAUGGAUGAGCUGCUCGAUUCCAAGGGGGAAGAACCUAUCGAACUCAAGGUCGCAGUGUUACCUGGAUGUGUCCUAUCAGCCAUACUCGGAAUUGUCGUUGAUGUGCCAAUCGUUACUAUAAUAACUAUUUAUAAAACUCCUAUACUAUUAUUUAAAGGGUGGCAACGCUUGAUACAAGACCUCAUAGGUAGGGAGGGGCCUUUCCUAGAAACAUUUUGUGUUCCUUUUGCGGGGCUUUGGAUUCUCUUGUGGCCUGUUGCUGUCUUCUUUGCCAUGCUGCUUGGUGUCCUUUCGAGUUUAGCUUUUGGGUGUUAUGCUGCAGUUGUCGCAUACGAGGAAAAUUCAACAAAAAGAGGAUUAUUGUAUGUGAUUGCUUCUGCAUCCAUAUACGAUGAGUACACCAACGAUUUACUCUAUCUGCAAGAAGGUUCCUGCUUUCCAAGACCUAGAUAUCGUGAUCAAGUGGAUCCUGGUCCAGAACAGCUACCAUUGAAGGAACUACGUAAACAGCCUGAUGCAGAAGAACCUUUGAUACCAGAAAUUUCUGACAAAGCAAACACACUUCAGGCCAAACUGAUAUGGGAUAGUCUUUUCAAAGCUUAUGAGGAAAUUGGUGUGGAGCUUUUUCGAGCUAGAGCCAUUGGACUGCAGGAUCUGGAAAGCUGGAAGCACAACAAAAACAAGAUUUUUAACAUUGGGAUACCAGCAUAUGCAUUCCUUGAGUGCUUCCUCAGAUCCAUCAAGAAUAGUUCUCCUGGUUUUAUCAUCCGUGAUAAUGUGGAAAUAACAGGAGUAAAUAGACCAGAAGGACGACUUUUUGACUGGCUGUAUGAGCCUAUGUGUAUCAUGAAGGAGCAAGUUAGGCAUAUGAAUUUGACAGAAACAGAAGAACUAUAUUUCUACAAACAUUGUUUAUAUUCUGGUGAUGUUGAGAAAGUUGAGACGUGGCAGAAUGGUGGAAUUCCUCCCUCUGAUGAGAUUAGGAGGGGACAAAUGGAGGGUAUAAGUAGAAGGUUGCUAGGACUCUGCUUGAAUUUAUCAAGGCUGCCUACAGCAAGACGUCGGAUCCUUGAAGUUGUAAAGAAUAUAGAGCAAGAAGUAACAACUCGGAGCAGCACUGCUGAGAUAUAAAGUAGCCUUGUAAUGCUGUAGGUAAUAUCUCUGUGGUUUGUUGUUUGUGCAAUGCUUAUGAGGAUUAUGUAUACCAGAAAUUUGUUUAUAUUUCUUGGACAAUCUGGUUUGCAUACACUUGAAAUUGCCAGUAUUAUUUGAAAACAUUCUUGGUAGAUAAAACUGGACUAUGACAUUUGGCUGUUCAUCGGGGAUUGAAAGGAUUUUACUACUUUUAAUGGCACUAUUUCUUCCACUGCUCGAAA